AGAGGGAGAAAAUCGAGGCCCAAGGAGCCUGAGUCACUUGCCCAAGUCGACAAGCUGGGGAGUGGGACUUGGCCUCAGGAACUGACUCCAAAUCGCCGGACUCUAGAAUCUCCCUCCGUCGUCUCUCCGCGGGGUCCUGAGCGCCUACAGGGGGCGCACGCGCACGCUCAGUCGUCGCAGCCGCGUCCCCUUUAAGAGGAUUCCUUUUUGCCUCCUCCCGACCGCUCCGCUUCCGCUCUCGUUCCCACAAUGCUGUGCGGCUGAGCGCCUCCGAGCCCGCGGGGACGCUGUGGGGGGAUCACCGGCUGAGGCGGCGGCGGCGGCGGCGACGUGGGCUGCGGCGGGCCCGCGGCGUCGGGCGGUGCGGAUGUCGGGCUGGGCGGACGAGCGCGGCGGCGAGGGCGACGGGCGCAUCUACGUGGGGAACCUUCCGAGCGACGUGCGCGAGAAGGAUCUGGAGGACCUGUUCUACAAGUACGGCCGCAUCAGCGAGAUCGAGCUCAAGAAUCGGCACGGCCUCGUGCCCUUUGCCUUCGUGCGCUUCGAGGACCCCCGAGAUGCUGAGGAUGCAAUUUAUGGAAGGAAUGGUUAUGAUUAUGGCCAGUGUCGGCUUCGUGUGGAGUUCCCCAGGACUUACGGAGGUCGGGGUGGGUGGCCCCGUGGUGGGAGGAGUGGGCCUCCUACAAGAAGAUCUGAUUUCCGAGUUCUUGUUUCAGGACUUCCUCCCUCAGGCAGCUGGCAGGACCUGAAAGAUCACAUGCGAGAAGCUGGGGACGUCUGUUACGCAGAUGUGCAGAAAGAUGGAAUGGGGAUGGUUGAGUAUCUCAGAAAAGAAGACAUGGAAUAUGCCCUGCGUAAACUGGAUGAAACCAAAUUCCGCUCUCAUGAGGGUGAAACAUCCUACAUCCGAGUUUAUCCAGAGAGAAGCACCAGCUAUGGCUACUCACGGUCUCGGUCUGGGUCGAGGGGCCGUGACUCUCCAUACCAAAGCAGGGGUUCCCCACACUACUUCUCUCCUUUCAGACCCUACUGAGACAGGUGGUGGGAAUUUUUUCUUUAUUUUUUAGGUGAACUGAGCUGCUUUGUGCUCAGAGUCUACAUUCCAGAUUGAUGAUUUAGUGUCUUAGGAGAUUUUUUUAAUUUUUUUUUUUUAAUGGAAAUAAAACUACAUAAUUUCUACCAGGGCCAUAUUAGCAGUGAAACAUUUUUAACUGCAUAAAUUGUGGUUUUGGUUCAGAAACGAGUUGUAUAUUUUUCACCCCGAUGAUGGGAAAAAAAUCAGUGCUGUAUCCUUGUGGGUUGCUCUUCUAUGGAGAUCAGCAGUUACUGUGACCGAGUCGGCCCAUUCUGUUUAGAAAUAUAUUUUAAACGUUUAAUAACUGA